AGCGCGCAGCGCGGCGAUUGGUGGUGCGGAUCACCGAUCAACGGAAAGAGCCAAAGAUGACUGCUCAGUCAUGUGAUCAGCUGUGUCCAGUCAUAGCUGAUCACAUAGCAGAGCCGGUAAUUGGCAACCCUCAGAGGGGCCAUCUACACUGAUCAUCAGGGCACUGAUGAUCAGUGUGCCAGUGCCCAUCAGUGCCACAUCAAAGCCGCAUAUCAGUGCCCAUCUGAGCUGCCUUUCAGUGUCACCCAUCAGUGCCAGCCAGUGCCACCUAUCAAUGCCAAUCAGUGCCACCUAUCAGUGCUGCCAAUCAGUGCCACCUAUCAGUGCCAGUCAGUGCCGCCUAUCAAUGUGCAUCAGUGCCGCCUAUCAGUGCCCGUCAGUGCUGCCUAUCAGUGCCAGUCAGUGCCGCCUAUCAGUGCCAUAUAUGAGUGCUGCCUUUCAGUGCCCAUCAGUGAUGCCUGUCAAUGCCCAUCAGUGCCACCUACCAGUGCCUCCUCAUCAGUGCCACCUAUCAGUGUCCAUCAGUGCAGCCUAUCAGUGCCCAUCACUGCAGCCUCAUUAGCGCACAUCAGUGAAGGAGAAAAAUCACUUAUUUACAAAAUUCUAUAACAAAAACUAAGAAAAAAUGUUUUUUUUUCAACAUUUUCAGUGGUUUUUGGUUUGUUUAAGAAAAAUAA